GUGGCAGCGGGCGAGGGGGAGCUGGAGGAGGCCCUGCGGCUGUUCCGGUUUGCGGCCGCCAUCCGUCCCAGCGAGAAGCUGCAGAGCCGCAUCCAGCGCGUGGAGGAGGCGCUGGCGGAGAUGGAAAAGCAGGAGCUGCAGGAGGAGGAAGAGGAGGAAGGCUUCGUGGACGUGUGCGGCAGUGGCCUGCUGCUCUUCGGGGAGAUGCACGAGAAGCUCUUCCAGCACCAGCGGGAAGGCGUCGCCUUCUUGUACCGCCUGCACCGGGAGGGCCGGCCCGGGGGCAUCCUGGCAGAUGACAUGGGCCUGGGCAAGACCAUCCAGGUCAUCGCCUUCCUCUCGGGCAUGUUCGAUGCCGAGCUGAUCCAGCACGUCCUGCUCAUCAUGCCCACCACCCUGGUCAGCAGCUGGCUGGCAGAGUUUGCUCGCUGGACGCCCGGCCUGCGCGUCAAGGAGUUCCACGGCAGCAGCAAGACGGAGCGCACCAGGAACCUGGAGAGGGUCCAGCGGAAGAACGGCAUCGUCAUCACGAGCUACCAGAUGCUCAUCAACAACUGGAAGCAGCUUGCCAGCAGACACGAGCAGGAGUUUGUCUGGGACUACGUCGUUCUCGACGAAGCCCAUAAAAUCAAGUGCCCAUCCAACAAAACAACCAAGUGUGUGUACGCCAUCCCCGCCAGGCACCGCCUCCUCCUCACGGGCACCCCGGUGCAGAACAACCUGCGGGAAAUGUGGUCCUUGUUUGACUUCGCCUGCCAAGGCUCUCUCCUGGGAACAGCCAAAACUUUUAAAAUGGAAUAUGAGAAUCCUAUUACCCGGGCCAGGGAGAAGGAUGCAACUCUAGGUGAGAAAGCGCUGGGGCUGAAGAUGUCUGAGAAUCUAAUGAUGAUCAUAAAGCCGUAUUUCCUCAGAAGAACCAAAGAAGAUAUCAAAACCAAUCAGGCUGACAAACCAGAUGCUCCUCUGCCUGAGGAUCCAAGUGAGAACAGUGCUCCUGUCAUGCCAUCUCUCACAAGAAAAAAUGACUUUGUUGUGUGGGUGUACUUGGCACCAGCGCAGGAAGAAAUCUACAGGAACUUUCUGUCUCUGGAUCAUGUGAAAGAGGUGCUGAUGACAACCCGAUCGCCUUUGGCUGAGCUGACAGUCUUGAAGAAGCUGUGCGACCACCCCAGACUUCUGUCUGCACGAGCCUGCAUCCAGCUGGGCUUGGAGGAGGAGGAGUGCUCUGGGGGGGAUGACAGGAGUGAGGUGGGAAUGCUGUCAGGUGCUAACAAAAUAGACCAUCUCUCAGCUGAGACCCUGAUUCAGGAGUCUGGGAAAAUGCUGUUCCUUGUAGGGCUCCUGGAAAGACUGCGAGAAGAGGGGCACAGGACCCUGGUGUUUUCUCAGUCGAGGAAGAUGCUGGACAUCCUAGAGCAGGUCCUGUCUCACAGGCAGUUCAGGAUCAUGCGUAUUGAUGGGACAGUGACCCACCUGAGCGAGCGGGAGAAGCGCAUCAACGCCUUCCAGAGCAGCAGGGACUACUCUGUCUUCCUGCUCACUACGCAGGUCGGGGGCGUUGGCAUCACCCUCACAGCAGCCAGCAGGGUGGUGAUCUUUGAUCCCAGCUGGAAUCCAGCUACAGACGCCCAGGCUGUGGACAGAGCUUAUCGGAUUGGGCAGAAGGAGAACGUGGUAAUUUAUAGGCUGAUCACCUGUGGCACCGUGGAAGAGAAAAUUUACAGGCGACAGGUCUUCAAGGACUCGUUAAUAAGACAGACGACCGGGGACAAAAAGAACCCGUUCAGGUAUUUCUCCAAACAGGAACUGAGGGAGCUCUUCACGUUGGAAGACACUCGAACGUCUGCGACUCAGAUCCAGCUGCAGUCUUUGCACGGCACCCAGAGAAAGAGUGACCCGGAGCUGGAUGAACACAUCGCUUACCUGCACUCUCUGGAAAUGUUUGGCAUUUCCGAUCACGACUUGAUAUACACGAGGGAAAUAGCUCACGAGGAGCAGGUUGAGAGUGAGGAAGCCCAUCAGUACAUUCAGCGCAGGGUACAGAAAGCCCAUGAGCUCGUUCAGCUGGAGUCUCAGCUCCGAGAUCAGAGGAUGGAGGGGAUCAGGAAUGCCUGUGGAGAGAUGUUGCAAAGACCCCCAGAACCAGUUUCCCAGCCAAAGAAACUGUCACCAGGGUUAAACAAUAUAAAUACUUCUGUUUCACCACCGGUAGCUGAUCAACACAAAAAUGACAAAGUUAUUGAUCUUACAGAAGACCAACAUGUCCAGGUUCUUGAUGUCAGCUCCAAAAUGACAAGCCUGACUAUUGUUGACUUGGACGAGGAGAAACUGGCACAACAUGUGUCCAGUAUGAACACAGAGAUGCUCAAUACCAGCAAGACAGUGAAAGAAUCCAAUUUACAAGAAUCUGAGCACGACCUUGAAUCAAGUGUUAUACCAUCAUCACCCCUGCUUCAUCCCCCUGAGAAAGAGAGUCUGAGUCCUGAACAGCAGCAGCACUCCCAUGUGAGUUCAGACAGCUUGACCAAGGCAGGGGAUGGCCUGUCUGGGAUCUGUCAGCAUUCCUCUAGGGAGUCCAGUGUGGCUGAUGAUCCCAAGAAGUUCAGAGAUGCAGGAAUGUCAGAUCAGGUGCCUGACCCCAGCGCUGCCUUGGAGACAGAUGAGAAUGAUGUUCCUGAGCCCACUUUAUCAAAUGCUACCCCAGAAAUCCAUACUGGGCUCCAGAAGUCUGAUGUGCUGGAAGGCAGCUUGGAGGAUAUGUCUGUGCAGGAUCAAGUUGAUUUCAAUCUGGUCUUGGAAGAAUCUGAUGAGGGAUGGCAAGAUGCCUCAAAUAGGGAAAGAUCACUGGAGAACCCAGAAAAGGAGGGCUUCCAGCUGAAAGCAGAAAGUUUUUGUAAAUCUCCAGCAAAACUUUGGCCAAGUGAGAAGGGCAACUGUGGGCAACACCAUCACAGUGCUGAGGAAGAGCCAAGUGACUCCCCGCAAGGGAGUGAAGUGUCAGAGCACAGCAGUGGUGUCUUUGCUUUUGGUAGAAAGAAAUGCUUGCGAAGAAUUGUUUCAGACAGCGAGGAUGAAGACCAUUCCAUCAUGAUCUUGGAGGAAAAUGAGUCUGAAAAAAGGCCCUCUCCCUUGAGCAGCCCCAGGCACCAGUUUCUGGAAGGAAUUAGUGCAUCCACUCCUAAAUGUGACAGAGGUACAGCAAAAGCCAUCUUCUCUCCCCAGCUAACCAACAGUGGUAGCAGGUCUACUGCUUCCAGGAGAUCUCUAAUCAACCAAGUAGUAGAUGAGGUUGAGGAUAUUGGAGAAAUCAUGGGAGCCAGUGGUGAAGAAGAAGAUGACAGUGAUGAAGAGCAAGGUGACUUCAUGGAAGAAGAAGCUGAAGAAUGUAGUGUUGAAUCUGCUGAGCCUGAAGAAGAACCUGCUGGAGAAACACUUGAAACUGAAGAAUCCUUCCAUAUCAACAGUCUGGCCUCAGGGCAGUUGGAAGCAGAUGAGACAGAGUCAUCUCAGGAGGAAUCCACUGGUGAUGCUGAGCUUCAGUCAGGUGAGCAGAUAGACUACUUCACCCAGGAAAGUGCCUCUGAAAAAGGGGUUGGUCAGAGCUCCUCCCCUGCUGUAAGUGAUUACACUACCUUGGUAGACAGUGGGAAGAAACUGAAGAAUGAUGGAAAGCUACAGGAGGCAUUGAACUGCUUCCUGCAAGCUCUUGACAUAAAAAGUGGAGAUCCAGAAGUCAUGCUUAUGACUUUAAACCUGUACAGGCAGCUAGCCCAGAAAUGAACUCU